UGAUCUUGGCCAUGUCUUCUCCAUGGCAAGGGAUGAUCCCCAUACAAAUCACAGAAUCACAGCAUCGCAGAAUGGCCAGGGUUGGAAGGAACCUCAAGGAUCACGAAUCUCCAACCCCCCUGCCCAAAAUCGACUGAUUGAAGCCAUCAAAAACAACCGUUUAAGACAAAUAGAAGGUGAGAGGAAGUCCAUGGCAGAGGCUUAUAUCAUGGCAGCUGCUAAACUGAUAGCACCAGUCCUUGAGCCAUCUUUUGCUGUGGGCUAUGACUGGUGUGUUGAAGCAGUAAAAGCUUCCCACUAUGUAGAGUUAGCCAAUGACCUGGAGAUAAAUAAAGCCACUACUUAUCUGAGACAACGGGAUUUUAACCAGUCGUACCGUUAUUUCCCUUCAAACAUUGAGGUCAUUGAAUGGCUUGGAGCCUAUUGCAUUGACACCCAGUUUUGUGAAAAAGCCAUUGAGUACUUUGAGAGAGCAGCACUUAUCCUUGUGCCCAACUUUGUCUUCUUGAUGUGCAGACCUACCCAAGUGAAGUGGCAGCUGAUGGUUGCCAGUUGCUAUCGGAGAAGCGGUAACUACCAGAAAGCUCUAGAGAAGUACAAAGUCAUUCACCAAAAAUUCCCAGAGAACGUUGAAUGCCUCCGAUUUUUAGUUCGUCUCUGCACAGAUAUGGGACUGAAAGAAGUCCACGAGUAUCUGACAAAACUGAAGAAAGUGGAAAAAUUGAAGGAGAUGAGAGAGCAGCGCAUUAAAUCUGGCAGAGAUGGCAGUGCACGUAACCGCAGGGAAGGAAGUGCUGGUGGAGAUGCUGGUGGUAGCAAAGGGGAAAGGCUGAGUGCCAAACUGAAAGCUUUGCCUGGAACAAGUGAACCCUAUGAAAGCAGCAGCAGCAAAGCAAUAGACGCUUCCUACACAGACCCACUUGGCCCACAAGCAGAAAGACCUAAAACUGCAGCAAGGAAAAGAACAGAGGAAGAUGACUUUGCUGAUGAAGAACUAGGAGAGGAUUUGCUUCCGGAAUAAUGGGACCGUCUAUGAAACACUUUGGAGUUGAAGCUACAGCGUGUUUUACGAUCGGUGACAAAUAAGUGAUGCUUGGGUUAUUUGACUCCUGCACUGAAACUGCAGAAAGCGAAGAUUCCAAUGCAGGCAGGCCAGGACGGGGACACGGCCGGAGCGCGGCAACUGCUGGUGUCAGCCUGCAGCCCUCCAUCGGUGAGGAGAGCUGCGCAGCGCCGGCCCUCGCUGUUCCUGUGGGACAGUCUCCAAGGUCUGUCUGCCAAUAAAGCUUGAAUUCAUCAAUCCCUCGGUUGGUUCCUCUCCUUUGUGCCGUCGCUCUUUCCUAGGAUACGUGUCGAUCAAAGCAAUAAAUAUGUAU